AUGAAUUAAAGCAACACAUUUCAAUCUUAGACUUUAUAGCCUUAAGUUGGUAUGUUUCAAUCUACGUACAAUUAUGAAACUCAAUAAAUCCGUUUCAAGGAAGAUAAAUUCUAAACGUACCAGCCUAUUGCUUCGUAAUAAACUGCUUGGAAUUCUAGCCAAUUUGUAGGCAAAGUUGAUGAAAAAGAUUUCAUAGUAGUACAAAGGACCAAAACUUUAGAAAAGUCAGAACCUGAAAGAUAACAUCAUUAUGAAGAACUGAUAUAAGAUAACUAAAGAAUGAGGUUUAUAUAUUAUUAUUGAUUAUCUAUAGAGAAGUUAUUGAAGAACUCAAAAGAGAAGUAGCUACUUAUAAGGUUUCAUCAAGUUCUGAUGCUUCUAUGCUCAGAAAAGAAUUACAAAUCACUUAAUAAGAAUUAGAAGAAGCUAAUAAGGAAAUUCUCAGAUUAAAAAGUGGACAUGAAUUAAAAUAAAAGACAGAGAUUGAUAAUUUGUAAAAUGAAUUAGAAAAAUGGAAAAAGAAAUGUGCAGAAUUAGAAUAAAAAGAUAAAGAAAAUGCAGAAUAAUUGAAAUAAUUAGCUUAUUAUUAAAAUAAACUCAAGUUAUAUGAAUUAGAUGCAAAGAAAAAGUUUGAGAAAUACUAAUCUGUGGAUUUGCUGUAAUAAUAAUUAAGUGAUUAAGAAGCUUUGAUUGAAGAAUUAAAAAGAGAAAUUCAUAGAUGGGAAGAAAGAUAUGAUGCUCUUGCAUUAGAAAGCCAAGAAAUUAGAAUUAAACUAUCUUCCAAUAAUAGAGUAAAUUAAUUAGAAGAUGACAUCAAAGCAUAUAUCCAUGAAAUUGGUUAAUGGAAAAAAAGAUGUUUAGCUAUGGAAGCUAAGAUUGAAGCUUCUGAUGAAGCUAAAUUAUUAGCUAAAAUAGAUUAGCUUAACCGUUCAUUGGCUGAGAAAGAUUAAGAUAUUUAAAAGACUAGAGCUUCUUUAAAUUUAUAAUUAUCAUAAUAUUAGUAAAGCAAAUUAUUGAAUUCGUAAAACUAAGAUAAUGAUAAUUAAUUAGAAUAAUUGAAACGAUAAUUAUAAGAUGCAUAAGCAAAACUAGAAUAAUAGAAUAGAGAUAUGGAAGGUUACAAAAUGCAAGCACAUGUCUUUACUUAAGAGAAAUUUGAAGAAUUAGAAUAAGAAAAAUGGAAACUUGAAUUAUAAAUUGAAGAGUUAGAAAGAGAUUGUGAUACUUUUAUGUUGAGAAUCAAAGAAUUAGAAUAAUAGUUCUCUGAAUUGAAUAUUAAAUUUAAUGAAUAGAAUGCUAACUAUCUUAAAUAUAAAGAUAUUGUAGAUUCUAAUUCAUCUAAAUAUAAAAAUGUUGAUAAUCUCACUAAAGAAAUUCAAAAUUAUCAAAAAGAGCUUGAAGUCUGGAAAAAUCGUUAUUUCUAAACUGAAAUUAGAUUAAAGGAAUAUGAUACUUUAAGAAUUGAAUAUGAAAAAUUAAUCAAAUAGACAAAUGUACAUACUACAACUGUUAUUAACAUCGAAUAAGAUAAUUAAUACAUUUCUAUUAAGAGAGAGAGAGAUAAUUUAUAGAGAUAAGUCUCAGAAUUAGAAACCAAAUUGAGGGAUUAAUAAAAUAAUUUGUUUAGAGAUUAACAAACUUCAGGAUUUAAGAUUUAAUAAGAUGAUUAAAUCAGAAUAGAAAGAGAUAAUUAUUAUAAUAAAAUACAAGAAUUAGAAUUAAAAAUUAGAGAACUCUAAUCUUAUUAAUCCCAAUCAGUAAAGCACUUUAAUGAUGAUUCUAAAGUUAGAGAACUAGAGGCUAAGAUAAGGGAGUAUUAAUUCUAAAUUAAUUCAUAUGAAAGUCGUAUAGCUACAUUUGAAACUAGAAUAAGAGAAUUUGACACAAGGUCUAGAGAAUAUGAAACUAGAAAUACAUAGUCUAUUAUUGAAAAAAGUGUUAUAAUCAAAGAUGAACAUAAAAUUAAAGAAUUAACAGACAUUAUUGAAUAAAAAAAUAAACGAAUAUUAGAAUUAGAACAAAAUGGAAGUUAUACUAUGAAUAGUUAGAAUUCUGUUAUUGUAAUUAAAGAAUAGCUUAGAGUCAGAGAUUAAAGAAUAAGGGAAUUAGAAGUUUAAGUAGAAAAUUUGUAAUUGGAACUUGGAAGAUUAUAAAAUUUAAAGAGAGAUUAAGAAUCUCGUAUCAAUAUUAUGUUAUAAAAAGUAUUUAUUAUUUUAAAUUUUAGAUCACUGAGUAUGAAUCUCAAUUGAAUAUUUUAAAUGAGGCUAAACUUAGAUAAUCUAAAAGAUCACCUUCUUAAUAAUAAUAAAUAACUUCUACAACCUAUAUUUAAUAACCAAUAAUAUAAACCAACAGUUAUAUAAAAUAAAAUAACAAUCAAUAAUCAAUUUAUUAAUCUGCUUAGUAAAUAGUUCCAUCCCCUGCUCCCAUUUAAUAGAAUAUUGCUUUUCAAUAAAUGAAUAAUAGUAUAACGGCUACUAGAUAAGUAGUCAUUUCUGGAGAAUCUAACAAGUAAAUCUAAUUUUAAAUAUUUAUAGAAAUUUGUAUCCAAAAGAAGAAAACAUUUCAUCCUAAAUUAUUGAUCGUAUAGCUCCAACUUAAAUGAACCAAGACUUUAAUGGCCGACAAUUACCUUAAAUAAUUGUUUCAUAAUAUAAACCUAUUAAUUGA